AUGGAUACCAUGUUGAAAUCCAGUCCCCAAACCCAGCAGAGGAGUAAUCACAAUGGUCAGGAGACCAGCCUUUGGUCCUCGGGUUUUGGGAUGAAGAUGGAGGCCAUCACCCCAUUCCUGGGGAAGUAUCGUCCCUUUAUGGGUCGCUGCUGCCAGACCUGUACUCCGAAAAGCUGGGAGUCCCUCUUCCACAGAAGCAUAAUGGAUCUGGGCUUCUGCAAUGUGAUCCUUGUGAAGGAAGAGAACACCAGGUUUCGAGGCUGGCUGGUUCGCAGGCUCUGCUAUUUCCUGUGGUCCCUGGAGCAGCACAUCCCCCCCAGCUCUGAUGCCUCUCAAAAGAUCAUGGAAAACACUGGGGUGCAGAACCUCCUCUCAGGAAGGGUUCCAGGAGGGGCUGGAGAAGGCCAGGCACCUGACCUAGUGAUGAAAGAGGUGCAGCGCAUCCUGGGCUACAUUCAGGCUACACUCUGCCCCGCCUUGCUCAGGUUGUUCAGCUGGGCACUGCUGUGGUUCCUGAACCGCCUCUUCCUGAAUGUGCAGCUUCACAAGGGACAGAUGAAGAUGGUCCACAAGGCUGCCCAGGAGGGCUCGCCGCUUGUUUUCCUUUCUACACACAAGUCCCUCUUGGAUGGGUUCCUGCUACCUUUCGUACUGUUCUCCCAGGGCCUGGGUGUGGUCCGUGUGGCUUUGGACCCCCGCACCUGCUCCCCUGCUCUCAGAGCUCUACUGAAGAAACUUGGGGGACUUUUCCUGCCCCCAGAGGCCAACCUGUCCUUGGACAGCUCAGAUGGCAUCCUUGCAAGGGCUGUGGUCCGUGCAGCCAUGGAGCAGCUGCUCGCCAGUGGGCAGCCUCUUCUCAUCUUCCUUGAAGAGCCCCCUAGGUGCCCAGGGCCCAGGCUUUCAGCCCUGGGCCAGGCCUGGCUAGGACUGGUGGUCCAAGUGGUCCAGGAGGGCAUCAUUCCAGAUGCCACACUGGUACCAGUUGCCAUUGCCUAUGACCUGGUUCCAGAUGCACCAUGUGACAUGAACCAUGAUUUGGCUCCCUUGGGGCUAUGGACAGGAGCCUUGGCUGUCUUUCGGAAACUGUAUAACUGCUGGGGCUGCAACCAGAGAGCCUGCGUCAGGGUACAUCUCGCCCAGCCUUUUUCCCUCCAGGAAUACACCAUCAAUGCUAGAAGCUGCUGGGAUAGCAGGCAGACUCUGGAACACUUGCUGCAGCCCAUUGUGUUAGGUGAAUGUAGUGUUGUUCCAGACACUGAGAAGGAGCAGGAGUGGACCCCAUCAACUGGGCUCCUCUUGACUCUCAAAGAAGAGGACCAGCUCCUGGUCAAAAGACUGAGCAGGCAUGUCCUGAGUGCCAGUGUGGCCAGUUCAGCAGUGAUGAGCACAGCCAUCAUGGCAACACUGCUGCUGUUGAAGCACCAAAAGGGUGUGGUCCUGUCGCAGCUCCUGGGGGAGUUCUCCUGGCUGACAGAGGAGACACUGCUGCGCGGCUUUGACGUGGGCUUCUCUGGGCAACUGCGAUGCCUGGCUCAACAUACACUGAGCCUGCUGAAGGCACAAGUGGUUCUGCUGCGUGUCCACCAGGGGGACUUGGUGGUGGUGCCACGACCUGGGCCAGGCCUCACACACCUGGCACGUCUGAGCAAGGAAUUGCUGCCCACCUUCCUGAGCGAAGCUGUGGGUGCCUGUGCAGUGCGGGGGUUGCUGGCCGGCAGAGUACCACCUGAGGGGCCGUGGGAGCUGCAGGGCAUAGAGCUGCUGAGUCAGAAUGAACUGUACCGCCAGAUCCUAAUGCUGCUGCACCUGCUACCCCAAGACCUACUUCUGCCCCAGCCCUGCCAGUCUUCCUACUGCUACUGUCAGGAAGUGCUGGACCGCCUCAUCCAGUGUGGGCUCCUGGUUGCUGAGGAGACUCCAGGCUCCCGGCCAGCCUGUGACACGGGAAGGCAGCAUCUGAGUGCUAAGCUGCUGUGGAAACCGAGUGGGGACUUCACUGACAGUGAAAGCGAUGACUUUGAGGAGCCAGGGGGCCGGUGCUUCAGGGUAUGCUGGGAGAUGGUACAUACCCUGGGAGACAGUGGAGGUGGUAAGGUACCUGGGAGCCCACCUUCCCACUCUGGUCUGGCUCUCUUCAGCUUAGCCAGCAGUCUCGCUGCCCUGACUUCUUCCUCUUCCUCUGCCGCCUGCUCAGUCCAAUACUCAAGGCCUUCGCACAGGCUGCCGCCUUCCUCCACUUGGGGCAGCUGCCAGAUUCAGGUAAGGCCCUUACCCCUGGCAGUGUUCAGUGUAAGGCUCAGUUCCAUAGAGCUGGGCUCUAGGUCUAAUCUCUCCUGCAGAGGUGAGCUACUCAGAGCAGUUGUUCCAGUUUUUACAGGACUGUGCCCAAGAAGAAGGGAUCUUUGGUGAGUUCCAAGCCCCAUCUCAGACUUCCUAGAGGAGGUAGUUUGCUGGUGACUGCUGCCCCCUGCUGGACAGUGGCUGCCUGACACAGGGAAGGGAGCUAGCAUACAGAGCUUUAGUUAACAUGCAAGCCCUAGAUGGUUCUCCUUUAAGAGGAAGAAAGCCCUGCCCAGUGGCUCCCUGGCUUCCCUCAGAGCUUUUAUUGUCUUUCUCUUUCUUCCAGAGUGUGCAGACCCAAAUCUUGCUAUCAGUGCUAUCUGGACAUUCAAAGACCUGGGGGUAAGAGGGACAUUAUCACCAUUCUGUCCCUGACCUCACCCCAAGCCCCACGGGCUGCUAGAACUGCUCAGAGGAACUACCUUGUUCCCACACCCCAUGGUGAAUGCUAGCGAGGAUGGUUUGCUUUCCCUACCACAAGUGGGGUCCCAGGGACAUCAAGUAGGUAUUUACACUCAGGCACUGAGGCAUCACUACAGAGGUUUUUGGGGGUGGGGAAGUUGGACAGGCUUGGCCCUGGGGACACUGUCCCUUCAGCAAGGGUGCUUACAGUCCAUCUUGUGGUUCAGGUACUACAGCAGAUGCCCAGCCCUACAGGACCCCAGCUCCACCUGUCCCCUACAUUUGCCAGCCGGGAAAACCAGGACAAGCUAGAACAAUUUAUCCGACAGUUCAUCUGCAGUUAGAA